AUGACUGCAAUAAUUGGUACUGAAUCUUCCUUGAGAAGAUUAAGUGAAACUCGGAAUGAAGGUGGUCUUCAACUUACUCGAGGUAUUUCUCAUUGGGAGGACAAAGAAGCCUUGAUUUUACGUCUUGGACAUGUCAAACCUGAAAUAAUUAGCUGGUCACCACGCAUUAUUGUAUUUCAUAACUUCUUAAGUACAGAGGAAUGUGAUUAUCUUAUAGCAAUCGCCAAGCCUCGUCUACAGGUUUCUACAGUUGUGGAUACAAAAACUGGAAAGGGUAUCAAGAGUAAAGUUAGAACAAGCUCUGGUAUGUUUCUUAGCAAUGAAGAAAGGAAAUACCCUCUGAUACAGACAAUUGAGAAACGAAUAUCUGUCUAUUCUCAAGUACCUGCAGAAAAUGGGGAGCUUAUACAAGUAUUGAGGUAUGAAAAAAACCAGUUUUACAGCCCCCAUCAUGACUAUUUCUCCGACACGUUUAAUUUGAAGUCGGGUGGUCAACGAGUUGCAACAAUGCUUAUGUAUUUAACUGACAAUGUUGAGGGAGGUGAAACAUUCUUCCCACAGGCUGGAUCCGGCGAGUGUAGCUGUGGUGGGAAAAUGGUUAAAGGUUUGUGUGUGAAGCCAAAUAAAGGAGAUGCUGUGCUUUUCUGGAGCAUGGGGCUUGAUGGACAAUCAGAUCCGAGUAGCAUACAUGGUGGAUGUGAAGUAUUGUCGGGAGAGAAAUGGUCUGCUACUAAAUGGAUGAGACAAAAAACUUUUACCUAAUCGUGCUUCAACUUCUCAAGCUCUCAACUUCAAUAACUGGUCAAGGUAUAAUAAAAAUGGUAAAUUAAUGGUCCAGUGUGUAUCAGUACAAAUUAAAGAAAAGGGACUUUCUUUGCUAGGUGAUAAAAUAUUGAUAGCGGAAUCCUUGUAAUAUCAAUGUAGGUAUAGUAAUGCUGAGAUGGGUCGACAAUAACGGUUUUCAACAUUUUUGUUUUGACAAUUUCUAGUAUUGUUUAAAGAAAAAAUAUGAUAUUGUUUACUAAAUUUUUUUGUAAUAAAUGUUAUUUUGUUC